AUGCCUGUACUCCGAGUUCGAGGUCUACCUCUAUCACUGUCUGCCAUUGCUGUUCUUCAUAUUUACUGGGUAUCUGUUCAGUUUGGAUGCAUGAUUGGCGCAUUGAUGCCUGGAGAUAUCGAGUAUUGGAUCAUGGGUACCUAUUUGCCAUGCGGGAUUGCCCUAUUCCAUGCAUCCAACAGCCAGUUUCUCUAUGUUGCUGCGCUUCAGAAAAAAUAUGUCCACUACAACAGCCGCUGCAUCCGCUCUUCCCCUGGCUCAAGGCCCAAACCAAGCGUGCUUGGGAAUGCCCCGAAAUUAUUCAUUAUUAUUUGUAUCUCUCUCCUGUGCCAGUCCAUGGUACCGAAAUGGAACAGAAGUCAGAGAUGGGUCGAGGGUGGGAAUGGUAAGAAGUGGCCUGGCAUAUUCUGGCAGGUCUUCUGGUCUUGGAUUUUUGCCCCAAUAAUCCUCUGGAAAUCUCGGCGGAUCCACGAUACGCAAGGCUGGCGAGUCCAGACACUUGGUUGCGCUAUCGCGAAUCUUCACGCCACUCCCAUGUGGCUCAUCGCUCUUUAUGUGCCCGCAAUGAAGUCAGUCAACCAGUACUGGCGGCCGCCACAGUGGAUCUGUCUUUCAAUUCUGGUAAUAGAGAUCUUCACGGUACUUAUUCCCUGCUGGGAGGUGAGGCGUAAUGGGGCUUCUUGUGAAAGGAUGCGCAACCUAAUUGCACAAAAGAAACUGCAACACGAAAUGGCUAUCUCAAAAUAUAAUAGUCUCAGCCCGACAUUUACCAUAGCGAAUACGGCCACAUCUGACUUGAAUCUAGAGAAUAGCACUGCCAGGAUGAGCAACGACACUCGACACAAUACUUUGACCCUCACAAGUCUUGAUUAUAUCCUUGAACAAAACCCCACUCCUCAGAGAUUUGCUGCGCUGCAUGACUUCUCUGGUGAGAAUAUUGCCUUCUUGGUCAGCGUGUCCCAAUGGAAAAAUUCGCUACAGGAGGCCGUUCAAAAUGGCACCGUCCCUAGGGCCGACUGCUACACGAGGGAACAAUUUAACCAAGCCCUAUCUAUAUACGUCGAUUUUGUUAGCGUUUACUAUGCCGAAUUUCCUGUGAAUAUCUCUUCCAGAGACCUUAAAAGACUCGAAGUUGUUUUUGAGGGUCCCGGCCGGGCUCUGUACGGAAACCUGCAUGAUGUUAAUCCUGCCACACCGUUCGAGACGCCCGACGGCUCCUCCAAGGCACGCUUAUCACCGGUGUCAUUGGAAGCGUUGAGCCAGGAGACCCCCAGUUUCUACAUGGGGGCUGUCCCAGAGACAUUCAACACGACAGUCUUCGAUGACGCGCAGGAUAGUAUCAAGUAUCUUGUACUCACCAACACGUGGCCUAAAUUUGUCAAGAACCAUCUGAGUUUGGCAGAUUCAUCUGAUAUCGUGAAGGCGGACAUGGGGUUUGUCUAA